AUGAGUAGUAUGAGAAACAAAGGUGGGAAGAAAGCCUCACUGGCUUUUUUAUUUACUACUAGUGCUCUUCUAAUAGUGAUACUUUCUUUAUGUUUUCCAUCUCUGGCAAAUGCAUAUAGGCCUCCAAAGUCACCGAGCCCUGGAAUAUACAAGCCUAAAUCCCCUCCACCACCACCACCAAAGAAGCCAACUUAUGUGCCUAUUACACCACCUACCCCGGGGAAGCCGCAAAAGCCAAGAUCUCCACCGCCAUCGUAUUACCUAGAAGACUCUGCGCCAUCAACGGUACUGCCUAACCUUGGGAAGAUAAGUCCAGGAGUAUCAAAGCUAGCACCACCAAAGAAACCUCCACCAAAGAAGAAACCUCCAACAGAUAGCCAAGAUUAUGUGCCAUCAACAGUACUACCAAAUCUUGGGAAGAAAAUUCCAGCAGUACCAAAGCCAUUACCACCACCAAGAAAGAAACCUCCAACAAUAAGCCAAGACUCUGUGCCAUCAACUAUAUUACCUAACUUUGGGAAGAAAAGUCCAGCAGUUCCAAAACCAUUACCACCACCAAGAAAGAAACCUCCAACACUUAGCCAAGACUCUGUUCCAUCAACAAUUCUAUCUAAUCUUGGGAAGAUAAGUCCAACAGUACCAAAGCCAUUACCACCACCAAGGAAGAAACCUCCAACACUUAGCCAAGACUCUGUGCCUGUAGAUACCAAAAUAUGGAUCGCCACGUGGACAUAG